AAACUGUUUUCAAUAUGAUUGGAAGUCCUUUUAUCUCCUCUAAGUCUAUAAUUAAUGUAACUCGAUUUAACAAGGAAUAAACUUGCAAAAGUGGCUGUUGUGUUCUGAAUCUGUUCAGUUUUAGUUUGGCCGUAGCGUAGAACAUACCGUGGGCAGUUAGACCAUCGAUGCAAUCUUUCCAUCGUUGUUAGUUUGAAAUUGAUUGUAACGUGUGUAGUUUGUUCGUGUUAACGUUCGUUGUGCAUGAACGGUCGCAUUUGCUAGUUUCGUCGGGUUGCCGCAAAAAGUGUUGAAGAGAUACGAACUGUUUUAACAUACAAAACCGAAAGAGCUGGUUUGAUCGCUGCAAGUUUAACAAUGUUAUGAGCAGCUGUGAAUAGUGACAGAAAUAUUAAACAUUACGAUGAUAAUACUAGUGAUAACCAGUGUUUUGACCACCGCACUCGUCAGUUGGCUAUGGCGAGAGAUUAGGAGACCUCCAAAUUUUCCACCUGGUCCCCAAUGGCUCCCUAUCGUCGGUAAUACGCCUCUGAUCCGCAAAUUGACUCGUGACUGCGGUGGUCAACAUUUAGCCUUCAAAGCCAUAUCCAAGCAGUACAAAAGCCCUGUUAUAGGACUCAAACUAGGCCAGGAAUACGUUGUUGUGGCUCUACAGUAUCCGGCCGUUGUGGAAGCUCUUACCAAGGAGGAUUUCGACGGCCGACCUGAUAAUUUCUUUAUUCGACUGAGAACCAUGGGUACUAGGUUAGGAAUGACCUUUACGGAUGGACCAUUUUGGACAGAACAUAGGAAUUUCGUCGUACGCCAUCUGCGACAAGCGGGCUAUGGAAGGCAACCAAUGCAGCUGCACAUACAAAACGAGCUGAAAGAGUUAAUUGGGAUCAUCAGAGAUUUGGAAGGUGAACCUGUUUGGCCCGGCAGUAUCCUUCCGAUCGGUGUUAUCAAUGUGCUGUGGACUUUUACAACUGGUUCGAGAAUUCCACGGAAUGAUCAAAGACUUCCAAGAUUACUGAAACUCAUGCGAGAUAGAUCCAAGGCAUUCGACAUGUCCGGAGGUGUACUGAGUCAACUGCCAUGGCUGCGUCAUAUUGCUCCAGAGUGGACUGGGUACAACCUAAUCAAGCGAUUCAAUCAAGAAAUUCUCGAGUUUUUCAGGCCAGCCAUCGAGACACAUCAUCAGGAAUAUACUGAAGAGAAAUGUUCGGAUGAUUUGAUCUACGCCUUUAUCAAGGAAAUGAAAGGUAGACAAGAUGAUCCAAGCUCUACGUUCACUGAUCUGCAGUUAACGAUGAUCAUACUUGAUAUAUUCAUUGCUGGUUCGCAGACAACCAGUACUACCAUCGACAUUGCCCUUAUGGUAUUAGCUAUGAACAAUGAAAUCCAGAAAAAGAUCCACACAGAAAUCGAUGAAAAUUUGCAUCAAGACGAAAUACCCAUGAAUUACGAUCGUACAAGUUUGCCCUACACUGAGGCUUUCUUACUCGAAGUAAUGAGAUUGCACCAAAUUGCACCGAUCGGUGGUCCCAGGAGAGCGCUCUCCGAAUGUACACUUGCAGGCUACCGAGUUCCAAAAAAUGCCACCAUCCUGAUGGGACUUGACACAGUUCAAAUGGAUCCGGAACAUUGGGGCGACCCUGAAAACUUCAGACCCGAACGUUUCCUCAGUUCCGAUGGGAAAAUCAUCAACACUGAUCGAUUGAUUCCGUUUGGUCUGGGGAGAAGAAGAUGCCUUGGGGAUUCAUUGGCACGAUCGUGUAUGUUUACGUUUCUGGUUGGAAUUUUACAGAGUUUUAGGCUUCGAUUACCGGUAAAUGGCUCAGAAGUGCCAAGCCUGAAACUACUGCCAGGAAUUACGCUUUCACCAAAACCGUACAAGAUCGUGUUCGAGCCGAGAAUUAAAUAAAAUUAUUCUAAGCUAGACUUACCG